UAUCCCAAUUUUUGUGAUAUUUGGACUCCAUUCUCUCCUUCCAACACCGGAAUCCUGAGUCCAUCUCCGAUUCCGGAAACGUAUUCAUCAGUGGAUAAAUUUCGUCUCUGAAAGCCUUAAUUUUCUUCGUGAAAAGGGAGAGUACUCACUUGCCUUUGAGGUUCACUCUUAUCUUCCAUUUCAAUUAAUCUUCGAAAUCGAAAAUAUUUAAGCUUUUCUUUUCUGGGAUUAUAUCUUUUGUUAGUAAAAAUUGGCUUUUCUUUUUGGGUUACUGAUAGUGUAAUCAUGUUGACCUGACGAGGUUAUUAUUUUUAAGAAUCACACUGUCUCAGUUAAUCUGUUCUUUUUUUUUUUUUGAAUACUUUUUUGUAUAAUUGUGUAGAAUCUGUCUGUUUAUUGAACAUUAAUUCUUGUUUUGAUAAUUUGGGAGUAAGAGUCUCAAUUUCUAAAAGCCCAGAUGUAAGCAGCUUUGAAAGGACCCUUAUAUGAGCUCUACUUAUUAAGCUUUUUCAAUGGACAAUCAACGCAAUGUGAAGAAGCGUAUUUCGGAUUGGUUUGUUUAUUAUUUAAAAAAAGCUAUCAAAUUGGACAGAAUGUGUCAAUCCAAUUCAGAAUGGGUUGCAUAGCUUUCAAUUCAUGGCUUUUACAUGUAACACUGCUAUUCACUUGUGUUUUUGGAAGAAACUUUCUUAUGUCAUGCUGCCAAUAAAAUCUCCAUGCUUGAGGUCGUUCUCUUCCCAUACUUCUACUCAUAAAUUUGAGAGGAGAAAAAGUUUAGCUAAGGCACUCAGAGUGCUCGACAUAAUUAGCCCGAAAACCAGUAUUGUAUGUCCUCGUGAAGGCCAUCUUCGCCUAAUCAAGGACAUUUUGAAUCCAACUUCAGAACAAAUUAGGCCCCAACAUCUGAGCAAUGAUUUUGGUUUGCCUAGUUCAAGUUCAUCAGACAAGAUAAUUGAUGUGUUUGAUAAGGUACUUGAAUCUACUUCUGUUUUUCAUCAACCUUCCCAUGAGAGUUUAAGGAUUGAUGCAACCGUAUUGUCAUCUGUGUUGAGUUCAUGUGCGUUCAAACGCAAUCAUUGUGUUGGUGUUCAAUAUCAUUGUGUAGCUAUAAAACUUGGGUUUGUUGAAAAUGUGUAUGUUGGAAGUUCUCUAGUCAGUUUGUAUAGCAAAUGCAAUGAGUUAGACAAUGCUCAUAGAAUUUUUCUAAAAAUGCCUGUGAGAAAUGUAGUUUCAUGGACAGCUAUUAUCAAUGGCUUUGCACAAGAGUGGCAGAUUGGUGUUUGCUUGGAGCUAUUCCACUCAAUGAGGAUGUCAAACUUAAGACCUAAUGAUUUCACUUUCGCAAGUCUUCUGAGUGCUUGCUCGGGUAGUGGGGCCCUUGGACAAGGGAAGAGUCUCCAUUGUCAAGCAAUUCAAAUGGGGUUUGAUUCCCACAUUCACAUUUCUAACUCUCUCAUCUCACUGUAUUGCAAAUGUGGAACUAUUGAGGAUGGUUUUUACAUAUUUAGUACUUUACAUACUAAAGAUACUGUAUCGUGGAACUCUAUGAUAGUAGGGUACGCCCAACAUGGGCAUGCUUCACAGGCGAUUGGUCUAUUUGAAGAAAUGAAGAAGCAAAAUGUGAAAGUUGAUGCUAUCACCUUUCUCGGUGUUCUCUCUGCAUGUCGACAUGUGGGUCUCGUUAAAGAAGGUCGGUUGUAUUUUAAUAUGAUGGUUGAACAUGGUGUAGAGCCAGAACUAGAUCACUAUUCAUGUGUUGUUGAUCUUCUUGGUCGAGCUGGGUUAUUAGAAGAGGCUAAAAAUGUCAUUGCAGGGAUGCCUUUUCCUCCAAAUGCUGUUAUUUGGGGAUCUUUGCUAUCAUCCAGUCGGCUUCAUAAGAGUGUAUGGUUUGGGAUUGAGGCUGCAGAGAGUAAGCUAUCACUGGAACCAAGUUGUGCUGCAACCUACCUGCAAUUGGCAAACCUCUAUGCUAGCGUGGGACGCUGGGAUCAUGCGGCUAGGAUUCGAAAACUAAUGAAAGAUAAAGGGCUGAAAACAAGUCCAGGUUAUAGUUGGAUUGAAAUUAACAAUGUCGUUUACAAGUUUAGAGUAGAAGAUAGAUCAAACACCCGAAUGGUUGAUGUUCUUUCAGUUCUAGACAGUUUGUCAGAUCACAUGGAGACGGGCUAUGACCCUAAAAUGCCUGAGGAGGAUACAUUUCAUUCUCAUUUGCUCUAUUAUGAGGAUUGCUUUGUUAAGUAGCAGCAAUAAAAAUGCAGAACUUUGGAUAUUUACACGUUUGUGACAAAUGUUUGCCUUCAAGAUUCCCAGGGGUGUCGCGAACCAACAAUACAAGUCAUCUUGGAAAUGCGUUGGCACCACCUCUGAUAUAAAAGUUGAAAUUUCCUUGCACAUUCAGAAAGAUGGAUUAAACCAGUUGAGUUUGUUGGGCCAUCAAGAUGGAAAACGUUGAGAAAAUUAUAUGGUCCUUGAAAUUAUAAGCAGAGGAAGUAACUGUCUUACAGACAAAUCUCAACAACACCAAGCGUGAUAAUACAAUCUCAAUAACAUGGAAUAUUUCUUUGAUGGAGGCAUAGAGAACGACUUCGAGACAAAAACAAACUCGGCUUGUGAUUAAGCUGUUCUUGGCUUUCAUGUUUUCUUGUCACAGACUAACAGAAGCUAAAGUGAGGCUAAACAAAACUUAGCAGGUACAGACCGAUGAUAUCAACAACUAUUUUAUACAUACAUUAGCUUUUUUUUUUUUUUUUGUGCAAUUUCAUCUUCACAAUCUGUCAAGAAUUAUGUCUAUUGAAUGUGAUUCUCUGUAAGUAACAAAGUUAUUCAUACGUCUUGUCUUAUGAUAUGGUUGGGUGUUUUCUCUCUAAA